UACGUCCCCUCUUACUCCAACCAUCCUUUCUCAAGUCCAUCACCAAUUUCUUCGUCUUCGUCUCCGUUGCCACAUCUCUGCGUGUUUACCGAUGGAUUCUGCUCUGCUGAUUCCGGUUAUUUCAGUGAUUAUCGGCGCCCUAAUUGCCGUUAUCUUCUUCAGAAAUUACUUUAGCAAACGAAGAUCCGAAGUCCAAACCAUUUCCCAUCCAGAGCUUCCAUCGGAUCCGAAGAAGCACCAAAAGCCGCUUCAGACUAAGAAGUCUCACUACAAAUCUCACUCUCACUCUCACUCCUCCGAUAAGGAUCAAAACAAGAAGCAUCAUCCGUUGGAUUUGAAUACAUUAAAAGGCCAUGGAGAUUCUGUAACUGGAUUAUGCUUUUCCUCAGAUGGAAGUAGUUUAGCGACUGCCUGUGGUGAUGGAAUGAUCAGGGUAUUUAAGCUGGAUGAUGCAUCAAGUAAAAGUUUCAAGUUCUUGAGAAUUAAUGUGCCUGCUGGAGGUCAUCCAACUGCAGUCGCAUUUGGUGAUGAUGCAUCCUCAGUCAUUAUAUCUUCUCAAGGUCUUUCUGGUUCUUCUCUGUACAUGUAUGGAGAAGAAAAAGCUAAAGCUUCAGAUGAAACCAAACAGCAAACUAAGCUCCCUCUUCCCGAAAUCAAGUGGGAAAAUCACAAGGUGCACGAUAAAAAAUCUGUUCUGACCUUAGUAGGUGCAACUGCUAGUUAUGGCAGUGCGGAUGGGAGUACAAUUGUAGCUUCUUGUUCAGAAGGGACUGAUAUUAGACUCUGGCAUGCAAAAACGGGAAAGCUGCUGGGUGAUGUUGACACAAAUCAAUUGAAAAACACCAUGGCUACUUUGUCACCAAAUGGGCGUUUUAUUGCGGCAGCUGCUUUUACUGCAGAUGUGAAGGUAUGGGAGGUUGUUUACUCGAAAGAUGGCUCAGUUAAGGAGGUUCUGAGGGUUAUGCAGCUGAAAGGACACAAGAGUGCGGUGACUUGGUUAUGUUUUACUCCAAACUCAGAGCAAAUCAUCACUGCAUCAAAGGAUGGUUCAAUGAGAAUUUGGAAUAUUAAUGUGCGGUACCAUCUCGAUGAGGACCCAAAAACUCUCAAGGUGUUCCCAAUUCCAUUACAUGAUUCAAAUGGGGCAACCUUGUAUUAUGAUCGUCUCAAUAUAUCUCCCGAUGGGAAGAUACUAGCAGUAACGCAUGGUUCCACACUGCAGUGGUUAUGUGUUGAAACUGGAAAGAUUUUGGACACAGCUGAGAAAGCUCAUGAUGGUGACAUUACAUGGAUAUCGUGGGCACCCAAGCCUAUCCCAUCAGGAGGUAAAAGAGUAUUGGUUUUGGCUACUGCGAGUGUGGACAAGAAAGUAAAGCUAUGGGCAGCACCCUCACUGAGUUGAUUUGUUGCCUAAGAUUAAACGUAACUUUGGCUACCCCAAUACUGGAAAGUCGACAAGUUCCAAUGGCAGUGGUCGAUGUCGAUUCUUACACAGGUUCGAUUUUGACCUCUUUGACAAUAUCGACCUUUUGAUACACAUAAAUCGGGAAAAUAAUAGUAAGUGAUUAAAAGAGAUGUUAGCAAUCGGAUAAUUAUUAUAUAUUUACUGACUUUUGUAGUAAGGGACGGUUGAUGAUGAUGCUCUAUGUGAUUUGAGAGAUUUUUCAAAAAAAUUGGGUUUGUCUUCAUUUAUUUCAUGUCUUUUU